AACUCUCUAUAUAAAUCCUAAGCUAGAGGUGCCUAAGGCAAGAAAAUAUCACUCUCCAAGAUCUUAGGAAUUGCUUAAUCGCAGUUCAGAGCUAAAAUGGCAGAAGUGAAGUUGUUGGGCUCAUGGGGAAGUCCUUUCAGUCGCAGAGUAGAGCUAGCUCUAAAACUGAAGGGCGUCUCUUAUGAAUACAUUGAAGAAGAUCUUGCUAACAAGAGUCCUCUGCUUCUCAAAUAUAACCCAGUUCAUAAGAAGAUCCCUGUGCUCCUACACAAUGAAAAUCCCAUCGCUGAAUCCAUUGUCAUACUCGAAUACAUCGAUGAGACAUGGGAAGGUUAUAGCAUAAUGCCUAAAGAUCCUUACCAGAGAGCCAUAGCCCGUUUCUGGGUUAAGUUCAUAGAUGAGAAGUUCUUCGCAGCAAUAUGGAAGGCUUGUUGGAAUGAAGGAAAGGAACAAGAGCAGGCCAUGGAAGAGGCAUGGGAGCUUAUGAACACACUUGAAAAUGAGCUAAAGGGGAAGAAGUUCUUUGGAGGAUACAAUAUUGGGCUUGUGGACAUUGCAGCUAAUUUCAUAGCCUUUUGGGUUGGAGUGCUUGAGGAUGUGGUAGAAAUCAAAUUAUUAGAUGAGGAUAAAUUCCCUAACUUAUGCAAAUGGAGUGAAGAAUUCCUCAGUUGUGAAGUUGUCAAGGAAUGUUUGCCACCAAGAGAUAAACUAUUUGCUUUCUUCCAAGCUCGCAAGGAAGCCAUAACUGCAUCCAAAUCCAUGGUUUAUAAAUGAGUUUAGGCGUACAUCUCAGUUCUGGUGAAGAUGCUGCAAACAUUAUAUCACCCUUAUUAUGAUGAUAAUUAGUUUCUUUACACUUUAAUCCUUGGGUUUUUUUCUAUGUUACAUGUUUGGUAAUAAAAGAGCUUGUUAUUUA